AAGCAGUGUCAACCCGCGAAAAGAGCAAGAUGGCUGACGUAGUGUUUGUGUCUGUACGAGCUUACCGCCAUACACAUUUACAUUUAGCUACAAAUACACCAAGUGUCAUAUUUUCUGACGCCCACGAAAUGGACAUUGAGUUUGUAGCGAUGGAGUGUUAUCUGAAGUGAAGAUUGAAGACUUGAUAGAACAUGGACGAUGCUAUGCUAUGCUAUGCUAAGAUGGCCUGUGAGAAAGAAUCAGCGCCAGCAACUUCUAGAAAAUCACCAACGGAGAAAAAGACGAAAGAUGAAGACGUCCAGCAGCUGAUUGGUCAUCCAGAAGAACUGGCAGGAGGCAGUUCCACUUUGAAUCAUGAGACUCCACAGCCACCCCACAUUAAAAAGGAAGAGGAGGAUCUCUGGAUCACUCAGGAGGGAGAGUGUCUUCUAGGACUGGAUGAAACUGAUCUCACCAAGUUGCCACUGACUAUUCUCUCUGUGAAGAUUGAAGAUGAUGAAGAGAAACCACAAGUAGACAACCUACAAGCUCCACUAUCAGAUAGUGAGGCUGAAGACGAGGUUGAAGUAACUUUGAGCAGCGAUACAGACUGUGAAGGUGAUAUGAGGACUCACACUGACAACAAACACUCUGGAAUCUCUAAAAUGAAGAGUGAGAAAAAAUAUUUCAGCUGCUCGGUUUGUGCUAAAAGUUUUACUCCAAAAAGCCAUUUGACUCAACACAUGAGAACACACACAGGAGAAAAAACAUUCAAGUGUUCAGUGUGUGGUAAAAACUUUUUUUAUAAUUGCAAUUUGUCUCAACACAUGAGAACACACAAUGGGCAAAAACCUUUCAAUUGUUUAGUUUGUGGCAAAAGUUUUUCUCAGACGAAAAGUUUGACUCGACACAACAGCACGCACACAGGAGAAAAACCAUUUAAUUGUUCGGUUUGUGGUAAAAACUUUUCCCAAAAGACUUAUCUGACCCUCCACAUGAGAACACACACAGGGAAAAAACCCUUUAAUUGCUCCGUUUGUGGUAAAAGCUUUUCUCAAAAGAGCAGUUUGAAUCGACACGAGAAAACACACAUGAGAAAAAACAUUUAAUUGUUCAGUUUGUGGAUAUAAAGUUUUCCCAAAAGAGCAAUUUUGACAACACACAACACACACUGGAGUAAGACCAUUUCAUUGUGUAGUUUGUGGUAAAAGCUUUUUUUACACGCAUGGAUUUAUUGAACCCAUCAUGAAACGCAGUGGGGAAAAAACAUUUACCGUAUUUUUCGGAGUAUAAGUCGCACCGGAGUAUAAGUCGCACCUGCCGAAAAUGCAUAAUAAAGAAGGAAAAAAACAUAUAUAUAUAUAUAUAUAU